UGCUGUCUGGCCCCCUUCCCUCCGUCAGAGAGGCUAAAAGGUCCACCAGACGAUCCGUCUAUCCCAUUCUCUACUUCAGAAUCACCCAUUUCGCACCGAUGCUCACUUCCUCUUGACAACGCAUCCCACCUGAGAUCUCCAUCCCAUAUUUUCUCCCACCUAUGUCUUUGCGACAGGUGGACAAGACUUUACCUACCGAUUUCACAGUUUGGUAAAGAUCUGUUGAGUGGAUUCAUCCGUUGGGGUUCUCUAAUCUUGUUCUACGUGAUUUUGGUCAGCCAAGGUAGCUGGCAAAAAAAGGGAGAUCCUUUUUUUGUGUUAUAGAGAAAAGAACAAAACAACAUUUUAUAGGUGCCCAGAGUUAUUUUUUUUUACAGAAUCUUCUUCAUCUGGUGGAGAGCCUCAGGUGAACUGUCAUCAUGUGGGAGUUCAGGUCUAUGAAUUUUUGGCGGGCAGUCUUUGCAGAGUUCUUCGGGACUAUGUUUUUUGUAUUUUUCGGCAUGGGUGCUGCCCUGCGCUGGACCACGGGUCCUCAUCACAUCCUUCAUGUGGCCCUGUGCUUCGGGCUGGCAGCUGCCACCCUCAUCCAGUCCAUCGGCCACAUCAGCGGCGGCCACAUCAACCCAGCUGUCACCUUUGCCUACCUUGUUGGCUCACAAAUGUCGCUUUUCCGUGCCGUUUUCUAUAUCUUCGCCCAGUGCCUGGGUGCUGUGGCCGGGGCUGCUGUGUUGUACGGGGUGACUCCUGGCAACAUGAGAGGCAACAUGGCAAUGAACACGCUGCAGCCGGGCAUGGGCCUGGGCAUGGCCACCACGGUGGAGGUGUUCCUCACCAUGCAGCUCGUCAUCUGCAUCUUCUCUGUGACUGACGAAAGAAGAAACAGUCGUUUAGGAUCUGCUGCCCUCUCCAUUGGCUUCUCUGUCACCAUUGGACACCUCAUGGGGAUGUACUAUACCGGUGCUGGAAUGAACCCUGCUAGGUCCUUUGCCCCUGCUGUACUCUUCAGGAACUUUGUCAACCACUGGGUGUACUGGGUUGGGCCUAUGAUAGGAGGAGCCAUGGGUGCCCUUCUGUAUGAUUUCAUGCUUUUCCCACGCAUGAGGGGUCUGUCCGAGCGCCUGGCCACGCUGAAGGGCAGCCGACCUCCCGAGAGCGAGUCGCAGCAGGACACCCGUGGGGAGCCCAUCGAGCUCAAGACGCAAGCUUUAUAAACCUUUUCCUGCCCCCCUCCUCUGACCGGGACCGAGGGAUGAGGGACUAAGCACUGAGCUUUGGCGACCCCAACUCCACGGCCCUCAUCCCAAGCCUUCACACACACCACCCCACAAAACUAACCAAGAUUCUCCCAUGUAAACUAACACGUAACAAGAUUUUAGGAUUUUCCAAGAUUCCUCACCUUCAACCUCAACACACAACAAGAAUCCUCCACCCUCCCUCUGUAAUCCUAACUGGACAUUGUAUCUUUAAAAAAUAAAUAAAAUAAAACUUAAAAAAAUUAUAUAUAUAUAUAUAUAUAUAUAUAUAUAUAUAUAUAUAUAUAUAUAUAUAUAUAUAUACACAUAUAUAUUUAUAUAUAUAUACAUAUUAAUAUAUAUAUAUAUAUAUAUAUAUAUAUAUAUAUAUAUAUAUAUAUAUAUAUAUAUAUAUAUAUAUAUAUAUAUAUAGAUAUAUAGAUAUAUAUAUAUAUAUAUAUAUAUAUAUAUAUAUAAAUACAUAUGCAUAUAUAUUUAUAUAUAUAUAUAUAUACACACACACAUAAAUGGUGACCAAAGCCUGAACCAGUGGCCAUCUCGUGUUUCCCUCCCUGGUCGCUUCCUCCUCCCAGACAGAUAUUCAUCUGCUAUGCAGAAAUGCUGAAAGUGAGCAGAAAGGUUUGGAGAGGCGGGUUCUGGAAAUGGGGAGGGGAUGAGGAUGUGGAUAUGACUUGAAAAAGGGUAAGAGGGCAGGGGGCAGGUGAGGGUGGGGCAGGGGGUGGGAAAGGGUUUUGGUAUGAUAGAGAGGGCAACACUGGGUUUGAGGUUGUUUCAGGUUGGGUUAGAUCUGUGAAGGCGGACAUGAUUUUCAUUAUUCAUCUGAAUUUAUAUCCAUUUUAGCUUUUUUGUUUUUGUUUUGUUUUUCUUCAGACACAAGACAUGGAUGUAUGAUAUUAUUAGAUUUUUUCCAGGGUUUCAUUUUUCUCAAUCAUUACAUUUUAUCUGUGGGUUUGUGUUUGUGUGGGCAAGAGUGUGUGUGAGAGUGUGAGUGUGUGCAUGUGUGUACGCCUGCCUGUAUGUUCGAGUGUGUUUGGAAGUGAGUGUGUAUCUGUGUGUAUGUGCGCAAUCACGUUUGCAGAUCCAGUACUUCUUCAUUUUGUUUUAUUUCCAUGACUGCUCUCCUGUUUCGUACCAUUAACUGUGUUCAAUUUGUCAUCAAUUUUUAAGACACAUUCAUUUCUCCUCAACUCGCUGUGGUAUUUGCUAUGAUAUUCAUUUUUACAUAAACCACCUGCUUCUUUUUUUUCCUUUUUUUUUGUUCUGAACUGGCACACUCCAAAGUUGCAUCCCAGACUCCAGUGGUAGAUCUGCAGAUCAGCUGUGCAAGCUUUUCAUUGAGUCUCAUUUUAUCAUAUGACGCUGGAAGCACAUGGUGUAUCAAUAAAACUUUCAAUGACAAUAAACAUGAAAUCUUGAUUAAAAAAAAAAA